AUGUCUUCAGAGUCAGAAAAGGAUAAAGAGGUUUAAGCUGCCAAAUUCUUUCACUUUUUUAAGUAAGAUUUUGCUUCCUUCACAUACACAUUUAGCAGAUUGUUUAACAGCGGUAUGAAUACUCAGAUCAUCUGAAUGACUAUGGAAGAAGAUGGUUAUUUUAAGGAUAUCAUUGAACAAAUGCUCAAAAAUUUUAAGGAGAUGCAACCUGUAGUGGAUGCAAAGGACAAAAUGCAAAAGGAACUUUUAGUUUCCAAAAUUGCGACAGCUUUGUGUGCAAUGGUUGAGAAAAGUACCAAUCAAGUAAAGGAGUUGCAUCAGUUUGCUAAAGGAGUGCUCCAAGAUGUCCAUGUACCAAUCAUGUCUUUGCUGAAUGGUGGUAACCACGUUGGGUGUUUGGAAUCUUCUCUCACCUUGAUGAAGUAUCCCAUCAUGAAUCUUCAGUUACGUGACUUUUAUAGAAAAAUCACCAAAGAGUAAUCAGAUGCCUCCACAUCUUAGAAAAACCCAAGUGCAGGUUUGCAAACCACUACCGUGGACACCUUGAAAAAGUUGCAGGAUGCAUGAAAACCUGAGAAUGCCAAGAAUACCAUGGAGUCUGCUGCAGAUUAGUUAGAGCGAAUUGUCAGAACUAUGGGACUGAUCUUAGACAUCUGCCAAAAAGUUGUAAAGAUUAUAGAAGCCAAUAUUUCUGGGGUUAAGAAAGCAAAUGACUAG